GACCAUGGAGCCUGACCAAGUGAUUUUUUUCCUCCAGGAGAGCUAAGCCCUGUGUCUCUAAUAUGGAAGUGGAGAACCAGACAAGAGUCACCAAGUUUAUUCUGGUGGGGUUCCCUGGGAACUGGGGCAUGCGUGCAGCUGUGUUCCUCAUGUUCCUCAUGGCCUAUAUUUUGACAGUGGCUGAAAACGUCAUCAUCAUCCUAUUGGUGCAGCAGAACCGGCCGCUGCACAAGCCUAUGUACUUCUUUCUGGCCAACCUGUCCUUCCUGGAAACCUGGUACAUCUCAGUUACUGUACCCAAAUUGCUGUUUAGUUUUUGGUCUGUGAGCAAUAGCAUCUCCUUCACUCACUGUAUGAUACAGCUUUACUUCUUUAUUGCGCUCAUGUGCACAGAGUGUGUGCUUCUGGCUGCCAUGGCCUAUGACCGUUAUGUGGCCAUCUGCCGCCCACUCCACUACCCCACCAUUAUGAGCCAUGGGCUCUGCUUCCGCCUGGCUUUUGCUUCCUGGGCCAUUGGCUUUGGCAUCUCCUUGGCUAAGAUCUACUUCAUCUCUCGCCUCAGCUUCUGUGGCCCCAAUGUCAUCAAUCACUUCUUCUGUGACAUCUCUCCAGUACUUAACCUCUCCUGCACAGACAUGUCCAUAGCUGAGUUGGUGGACUUUGUCCUGGCGCUGGUCAUCUUCCUCUUUCCCCUGUCUAUCACAGUCCUGUCCUAUGGAUGCAUUCUGGCCACUGUUCUACGCAUGCCCACAGGAAAGCAGAAAGCCUUCUCUACUUGUGCCUCCCACCUCGUGGUGGUCACCAUCUUCUAUUCUGCCACAAUAUUUAUGUAUGCCCGGCCCCGAGCCAUCCACGCCUUCAACAUGAACAAAGUCAUUUCCAUCUUCUAUGCCAUUGUCACCCCUGCUUUCAAUCCUUUCAUUUAUUGCCUAAGGAACCGAGAGGUCAAAGAGGCUCUGAAGAAACUAAUCUAUUGCCAGGCCAUCCGAUCCGACUAGUCUAUUACAAAUGAUUAGAAAGAAAUGACUUGAUUUGGUGCCUGAUCUUUCAUUCUCUGUCCUUUCUUUUUUAAUGCCUCAGCUGUAUAUGACUGAUGUUACCAGAAUAUCACAACACCCCUGUCAACCAUAGGCUCUUGGUUGUGUCCCGAGGUCUGUAUCUGUGUAUGUUGUCUGUGCUUUACAAAAAUGCCCUUGUAUAGAGGAUUCUCUUUGGCUAUGACCCAAAAUGGGGUUUCUAAGACUGUGAGUAAUUCUAAACUGAGUUAAGUGGGGGAGAGAUAUGGCAGCGUAUGAGUUACCUUUUUGGGGAUCUAGCACACGUUAAGGGCUUGGAAGCCAACAGAUUGGUGAUGGCUCUCUGACUUCCCAGCUUCCUAACUGAGACAGAUUUAGCAGCUUCUCCAGCAGCCCCAUUCAGGGUGUUGAGCUGGGAGUCAGUCUUGGUAGCAGAGACUGGAGACUUCUCCUCUAGGCCUUUCAACUGUUUUUGUUAGCACCCAGUUUCCUGUAUGAAACACCUUUCUGUUUCAGAUAGCGAGAGUGCUUUCUGUUAUCUGUAUGUGAACAAUGCCUUAUACAAUUAUAUUUUGUCUUCCGAUGUAACUUAUGCAGUUGCUUUGUAUUGACUUUCUCAUUUCCC